AUGAGUUGGAGAACAACAAGAAGAAGGUUGAAUCUUGGAGAAAAGCACUUGUGGAUGCAACCAACAUUUUCUGGAUGGGAAACCGAGCACAUUGCCAAUGGCCAAAUUCUUGAUGAUAUAGUUCCUCUUUUUAGAGUACAACAAAUGAUUAUACUUGUGCUCAAUAUUCCAAUUACAGUAUCCAUAUUUUUUGGGGGAUCCAACAAAGAUGCCUACACAAAUCCUACGCAUCCUUUUACCUACGCAAUUCUUACGCUUCCCAAAAUACAAUUUCCCGCUACUCUAAUCGUUAAUCGUGGAGUCAUCCAUUACUUGCUCAAACAAAACACUACGCCUAACACCGGCGAUUUCCGACCUUGUUGCAACACUCCCGGUGACGAUUCCCGACCAAUACCUACAUCGUCGACAAUUUCAGGUUUGCCCUCCAGCCGUCGCUGUCGCACUCCACCACCGGCACUGUCCCAAACCACCACCGUCGCUGCCCCACACUCCCAUCGUCGAGACCUGCAGGUAAAUGAGUUGCAACAACAAGUGUCAAACAUGCAACAAGCCAUGGAUGAAAAGCAAAGUGAAAUGAACUACGGAAUAACUACAUAUUACCUACGGGUUGUAGGGAAAACCCUUGAGAAUGAUCAAACUGACGAACCUGCAGAACCUGAUGAAGACACCAGAUUUUGAGAGGCUUCCGAACCUUAAAAUAUUCAUGGUUUAUGAAGCUCUGUCUUUAAAGGAGAUUCAUCCAUCAUUUGGACAUUUGGAAAAGCUUAUUUAUGUAGCAAUAGAAAGUUGUUCCACUCUUGAUAUGGUUCCACC